CGUCCGUCUCUCGUGACAGCAGCAGCCCGACAGCCCGUCAUGUCGCUGCGGUUCUCGGAUGAAAACUUCCAGGCCGCCUGGUCGGAGCUGGACGAGCCGCGGGUGGAAGGAUGGGAGCUGUUCACCGAGACCAUGGGGGUCCGCAUCUACCGCCUCCUGGACCAGGAAACCGGACUUUACGAGUACAAGAUCUUCGGCGUUCUGGCCGGCUGCGACGCCGACCUGUGUGCAGACGUCUACAUGGACCUGAAGUACCGGAAACACUGGGAUACUUACGUGAAAGAGCUGUAUGAGCAGGACUUCAGCGGCCAGCCGGCCAUCUACUGGGAGGUGAAGUACCCGUUCCCCCUGUCCAACAGAGACUACGUCUACGUGCGGGAGCGGAGGGACCUGGACGUGGACGGCAGGAAGAUCCGGGUCAUCCUGGCCAGGAGUUCCCAGGAGACGCCGUGCGCCGAGAAGAGCGGCGUGCUGCGGGUCAAAGAUUACAAACAGAGCGUCGCCAUGGAGACCGACGGCUCCAGUGGAACUAAAGUGUUCAUGAACUACUUCGACAACCCCGGCGGUAUGAUCCCGACGUGGCUGGUGAACUGGGCGGCCAAGAGCGGGGUCCCGGGCUUCUUAACGGACAUGCAGAAGGCCUGCAGCAACUACCAGAGCUACUGCCAGAAGAAGUGAGGAGGAGGAGGAGGAGGAGGAAGAGGAGGAGGAGG